AUGUAUUACACUGUAGUAAUGGAUACUGAUACGGUAGGACUUAUAUUGAAGCCUCUGAAGUCUGAAGCUUCUGGACUAUUGCCACGUAUUACUGUCCAUCCAAUAAUAGAGGGAUUGUUUCUCGAGAGGUUUGUUGAUGAGAAGGUCCAGUGGAUGCAUAUUGACAUGGCUGUCCCUGUUCGGAAUGAUAAGAAUAAAAGCGCAACUGGAUUUGCUGUUGCUACGCUUGUUGAAUGGGUGUUUUUACGCCUAGUGAUGACUUGGCAAAAGAGGUAUGCAGCCUCAGAGAUCACCGGAGAGAAACUUAGGAGGAUGCCCAUGGAAGAAAGUUAUUGGGAGUCCAUGAAAUCAAGAGUGGCUGAUAUGAUGAAUCUAGAUCUGCACUCUAUCACCACUCAGGCCACUGCAUGA